AUGAUGCCCAGUGCUGCCGACAAGCACGUACACAGCAGCUCCACGGCCGCGACCAGCAGCAUCAGCAACAGCAUGCCCUUCAGUCCCGUCCCGAGCCCCGUCGACGCCGCGGGCGCCGCGCUCUGGGAGAACGAGGGCGCGCAGCACUCCAUUAUGCUGCCGUACAUCCGCGACCACGCCGAUCAGAUGAUGGCACGCGUGCGGCUGGAAGACCCGCGCGUCCACUACGUGGCGCUCAAGCAGGUGAACGACGUAUGUCUGUAUAAGCGUAUCACGCAGCCGCUGGAGACAGUCAACGCGACCGCGGCCAUGUCCCCGUUGGGGGCGUCGCUGUCGUCGUCUUUCUCGUCCUUGGCGUCGUCCUCAAGGCGCGGCAUCAGCAUCACGCAGGACCCGACCGAGGGCGUGCACGCACCCGGCGACUUCGAGUUCCGCGGCAUUACACGUGUACCUGGCAGCGUCGACACAGUGCUGGACGUGCUGGCCAGCGAGUCGGCGCGACGUCAAGUCCGCGCGGUGGCUCGCCUGGAAUAG